AUGAGGCGGCAGCCAUCGACGGGCGACGCGGUGGGCACGCCGAGGGGCCUGGCGCGCUCCUCCUCGGGCGUCUGGUGGAAGCUGAUGGGCGACGCAUCCACCGGCGAUGCGUCGGAGGUGGACCGGCAGCUGCGCGGCAUCGCCGACGAAGAGGCCGCCGUGAGGGCCCGCGUGGAGAGGCGGCACGCGGGCGCCCCCGCCGUCCGACGCAAGAUCACAGGCGCGUCCAUGGGCCUUGAGGUGGUGGCGCUGCUGUACGGCCUGUGGAGGGCCAGGAGGCGGGGCAACGGCAGGGCGCCCACCAACACCAGGCCCUUGCUGCUGCUGCUGCUCGCCGUGCCUGCUGCCUUGGCCACCGUCGCCCUCGCUGCAUUCGGCUGCUUCCGGAACAUGUUGGAUCGCAGGGAUGAGCAGCAGCUGGAGCGGCUCCGAGCAGAAAGGAAGGCUAAGAUUGGCAGCUUCAGGGGAAGCCACCACAACUUGCAAAAGCUCAUCCAGAAGUACGAUCCUGAGGAGGAUGCUGAUGACAGCAACACUGAUGCAGCAGCAACUGCGCAUGGUGAUAGCAAAACUACGAAAAAGCUCAAGAGGACGCACUCGCGGUUGAGCUUCCAGUUCCAUGUGGGAGAAGAGGAGACGAAUGAAAUGACGAAACCAGCCAAUGCAAUGCAAUCGUCCGUCUGUCGUCGAUCUUGA